GACUUACGAAAUUAAGGGUGAAUACCACUAAACUGAAAUACUCUUUUGGGCGUUCCACAUAGCGACUAUGAGCGUUGUGGUCGCGGCGAGAAUGUCACUCAUGACUACGAAGGUGGGUCGAAAUGAGUGUUGAAAGAAUUAGGAGGAAUUUUCAAAGCUAAAGCGACACAGAUUGCAACCAUGAGAAUCUAUUUCAUUAUUUGAUGCGGUAUGUGAGAUUAUAAGUACCAUUGAAGCAUUCUUGUGACGCACCAGCAAAUAUUUCAUUAUCGCAGCAGAAGAUAUUUUGAUUUUACUUCAAUGUAAAUCAGUUAAGCACUUCAUUAGAAAAUGCAAUAACCUACAAAUUCGUUAAUAUUUAUCACAACGCUCAAAACACCUCGUAAAUCUUUCCACUUGGGCUUACGAUUAUAACGCUAUGGACUAAAUGGAACAGGAAUGAUCGUGGUCGUGAGCGAUUGUCGUGAGUGCUUCGUGGAAUGCACUCAUAAUCAACAGCUACAGCAUGGUUUUAUACACGAAUAUACAUAUAUAUAACAGACCACUAACCCCCUCUGUUAUAUACAUAAGACCGCGGUUGACACUUAAUGAGUUGAUUUUAAGGUUAUAUUUAUAACAAGUUCUAUGUCAUGCUAAUAAUCCUUACAUAUUAAAUUAUUAUCCAUAUCUAUGAAUUACAAAUAUUCUUAGCAUAUUUAGAAAGUAGAAUAAUGAAUGGGCUAAGUCCUUUUGUUUAUUGGGCUCAGAACGAAUCUAAUUUGUUUUUAAAAGUAGAUUUAAAAGACACGGAGGUUCCGAGAAUAAUUUUAGAAAAUAACAAACUUUCCUUUCUUACAAAAGGAGUUGGUGCGCAAGGAUUGAAAGAAUACCAAUUUUCCAUUGAUUUUCAUUCAGAAGUAGAUAAAAACACAAAAAAUGUUAAAAUAACUGAUCAUAAAAUAGACAUAGUAUUAUUUAAAUCAAAAAAAGAAUGGUGGCCACGAUUAACAAUACAGCCUGUCAAACCGGCAUGGUUAAAAAUUGAUUUUGAUAAAUGGCAAUCUGAAGAUGAAGCCAUUGAAGAAGAAACUAGGGACAUUCGACAAGAUUUUCCAAAUCUUUAUGAACAGUUACAAAAAGAAGAAUUGGGUUACAGGAAAGAGGACAUCAAAAAAGUAUACCUCACUUUUUACAACCUAUUUAUGUAUAUAGGUUUUAUGUACAUAACUAUUGUGUUAUGUAUUAAAUUUGUCAGAGAUGGUGAAGAUUUUUUCCCACACGUAUACGAUUCUGUUGGACCAUUUAUGUGUUUUAUGCAAUUAAUACAAUGCCUCGAAAUACUCCAUCCUUUGUUUGGUUAUGUGAAGGGAGGCAUGUUGAUGCCUUGUCUACAGAUUCAAGGAAGGUUAUUUGUUUUAUUGGCUAAUUUAGAUCAAGAAAGAAGAAUCCAAGUGAUGCCAGUCACUUUCUAUUUGUUUUUAACUUGGUGUGCAAUUGAAGUUAUACGGUACCCCUAUUAUAUGUCACAACUUUACCAGAAACAAAACAAAGUUUUAACAUGGCUCCGCUACACUGCUUGGAUCAUCCUUUAUCCUGUAGGUUUCAGCUGCGAAGCCGUCGUUCUGUUCAGGAAUCUAAUUUUUGUAGAAGAUAGCGGUAAAUGGUCGAUAUCUUUACCAAACGCUCUUAAUUUCACAUUCCACUAUUCAGUGUUUCUUAGAAUAUAUUUACUUUUCGCCAUGAUGCCUGGGAUGUAUGCUCUCAUGAUGCACAUGUAUAAAAUAAGAAAACAAAAACUGGGUACUAGAAGCGAUAAAAUAAAACGAUCCUAAUUUUUAUAUUUACAAUUCUAUAGAAAAUUUAUAUAUUAAGUAGAUUCAAUUGUGUACUAUAUUAAUGGUCGAACUUUCACCCAUUAGUACAAUUUAAAAAGAAAUUCAUAUUUGGAAUAAUAAAUGUAUGUUUCAAUGAUACAGAGCUUCUGCCAAAUUGUUUCAAUACAGGUAUUUAGGAACAUGAUUAAGAGAAAGCACAUAUAAAUAUGUGAGGAGAAACUAGAGAUGAUUCACAUCACAGCUUACAAAGAUAUUUCACAAAACUCAGUGGCAUGCUUACUUGUAAACAAGGCUCAAUUUCGUUUUUAAAUUCACCUGUUUUUGUGAUAGAGAAUCGCUCAAAGGAUUUUCCAUAUUUUUUGCAUAUGACUUUUUAAUAUUAGAUUGAGUUGGUUUUAAAUGGCUCUGAUAUUGGAUUUGUUUCCUCUGCAAACUUGGAGUACUUUUAAAGGGAGUUGUUUCUUUCAGGCCUGUGUGUGGUCCCACAAGUAUAUGUCUGCAGAAAAAUGUUCUUAAACAAUUGAUAGCUUAACCAAAAAUUUCACUUUUUUAGUAAUGGUUAAUUUUAAAAUUUCAUCAUUUUUUUCUUCUUGAGAGAAAUAUCUGACAUUUUUCGUAAAAUAAGCAAUUUUUUUACUAAAUUUAUUUUAAAUUAAAAUAUUCUCUGACUAGAAGAUUCUUUAAUCCUAUUAUAAAUAUACACUUAAAAGUGGAAUCCUUUACUAUUAUCAGACUAACAGUGUUCAUUCUGCAAUCCUAACAGAAAAUGCAGUUUGUGGUGUGCCAAGGAACAUUGACUAAAUACAUUGGCACAUCAAGGAUUAUUCGAUGUUAUAUUCUCUUGUAUUUCUCUAUAGUUUCUUACAUAGUAGAGAGUAGACAAAGUAAAAUUCCUUUAAUUUCCUUAGUAAUUUGUCAUGGAUUUCCGUCGUAACAACUAACAAAAUACUAUUGAAAUAGAUCAUACGGGAUGCCUCAUAAUAGAAUUUAUAUGUUGUGGGUCGAUAAAAUUAAUCUAUCCCGAAACAAGACAUUAAACGUCAAGAAGCGUUUAAUUGGGGGUAUCAACACUUACUUUUGCGUUUGUGUAUUAUAAAAUUCGUAUUCUCACAACCGAAUUAUAUUACACUCUUAUUGUUUUCUGCUGUUCUGAUGACUUUGGCCGCCCAGAUGUUGAUAUUCGGUAUCAUCUUUGAAUGUCAGAGUCGCCAUGUAGUGCAGGAUCCUCUUUCGAAAAAAGCUCGAUCGCGACUUCUCUAGAGUCACCUACUAGUGUACACCUUCAGAACAUGAAGUUAUGUUACGAGGUCAAGUUUAUGAAAGGUGGAAUAUUCUAUCUACUAAUGGCGAAUGUUGGUCGACGUAGGGAACGUCAAGUAAAUGAAUCGACCCCAAAAAACCUUGGGGUCUCCUUGGUUGUGUUGUAUUGAUGGGUGAAUUUUGACAUUACUUGAUCAAUUUUUAAAAAUAUUAUAAAAGUGAAGAAUUUUUUAGAAAUAUAUAGUGCAAAAGAAAAACUGCCCCAGCUUUGUAUAACAAAACAAGGGUAAUUUUCAUUUAUAUACAAUUCAGGUGGUUUACUAAAGAUUUGGGACAUUAGUUUUAAUAGGAUAAGAAUUAUUAUAUGAACGUGUUUCGUAUAUUCCUUUUUGUUGAAUUAAAUAAAAUUGUUUUCAAAAAUAA